AUGGCAGACGUCCUGCAACUUCACCGCCUCGGCCGCGAAACCACGCCCGAGGAGAUCAUGCGCGCCCUGCACGAGGACGACUCGUCGUCAGCGGCAAGGACUACGACGAAGGCGGCGGCGGGCGACGCGGACUACGAGAAGAGCGUGCGGGAGCAGACUAACGCCAAGACGCGGGCCUGGUUCGCCAGCGCCAACUGGGAGAUCGUUGACGCGGUCGAGAGGGUGGCCGCGGACAAGGGAGCGCAGAUGGCGCAUGUGGCGACGUCGUGGGUGCUGCACCAGUGGGUGCUGGCCCAUCUUAGGGUCGAGGAGAGCGUCGUGGCGCUGUAUGUGCGGCUCACGUCCGAGGUGCUCAUGUUCCUGAAGCAGGGAUACAGGCCGCGGAGUUUGGAGGGUAUGUAG